AUGUCGAAUUCUUAUAACUCUGUGGCACCUUUUAAAUUAGGUUCAGCAAGAAGUAGAAAGAAAGACGAUUCGAGCAACAAUAACAAAACAGCAACAGCCAAUAACUUAGAUGACAGUGAAGAUGGCUAUAAUGUUAUCGAUAUUCUACCUUUAUCUAACUCUUCAAAGUCUGCUACAAAUGAAAUAAAUAUGAAGAAUAAAAUCAAUAGUGAUAAUUUAAACAAUAACACUGCUCCAAAUCAAAAUAAUUUUCCAUUUGCUUUUCAACCGCAAAACAUGGGACAAGUGCCUUUUAAUCCCUAUCUUUUACCCAAUAUAAGUAAUAAUAUCCCCGCAAAUCCACAAUUACCUUUCAUUACACCGAAUUUUAUUAGCAAUUUAGUUCCAACGUCGAGUGGAACAAUGAAUGAUAUAGGAUUGAACCAAAAACGUCCAAAACGUACGAAUCAUAAUAUGAACAGCAAUAUCAAAAAUAGAAACUCAAUUGAGUCCAAUAAAAAUAAUGGUUCUAGUAUUAAGGGUUCGAUGGAUUUAUUUAUGAAUGAUACGGAAAGGAGAAGGAAAAGAGCAGAAAAGUUUAAUACACCAACAAAAACAGUGAAUAAAAAAAUUGAUAUAGUGGAUAACUUCAAUGAUUUGAAUGCGAUCAGUUCAAAAUCUGAAAUGUAUGAUAAGAAUAAAAAAAUAGUAGGUUGUUGUCAGACACUUGAAAAAUCAUAUUUGAGGUUAACUUCUGAGCCAGAUCCAAAUCUUGUUCGUCCAUUGACUAUAUUAAAGAAACAUUUUGCAAAUUUAGAAAAACUUAAUAAGAAAGGAACAACCACUUAUAAAUAUCUUUGUGACCAAUUGAAGGCAAUCAGACAAGAUUUAAGAGUACAGAUGAUUGAAAAUCAAUUUACCGUUAAAAUAUAUCAAGAACAUGCCCGUAUAGCGUUAGAAAAUGGUGAUAUAGGAGAGUUCAAUCAAUGUCUAAGUAGAUUAUACACGUUAUUUGAGAAACCGAACAUCAAAACAUCUUGCAUAGAAGAAUUCACCACCUAUAGAAUCCUUUAUUAUAUUUUAACUGAAAAUUACGCUCAAAUUACAGCAUUAAAACUGGACUUGCUCAAAAAUAAACUAGCGGUUCAUAAUAACUUUGUUGUUCAAAUAGCAUUUUUAAUGGCAGAAGCUCAUAUUGUAAAUAAUUAUAAUGAAUUCAUGGAGUUGGCUGCUUUACUAGAUGGUAGAGCGCAGAGUUUGAUUAAUAUUUUUAUUGAUAAAACGAGAAUGAAGGCAUUAUUGUCUAUAUGCAAAGCUUAUAACCAAAUCAGUAUCGAUUUUCUAAUAAAAGAAUUGAGAUUCAGUAAUUAUGAAGAUAUUGAACGGUUUUUCACGAAAAAUAAACUAUCACAACAUAUUGUUGUUAGAAAUGAAGGACAAGAGAAUGAAUUUAGAUAUCUUGAAUCUAAAAACUGCAGGGCAUAUUUGGCACAAUUUUAUUCCUCAUUUCGCAAAAUUGAAAUUAAAGGUCAGAAAUAA